CACACACAAGGAAGUACCAGAGCUCACCCGCACUGGAACUGCACGUAAGGUACGCUCAAUAUUUAAGAGAUUGUCGUGUCGUUUCACUCGAUAUUACUGUUGCAAAUAGCUUCUUAAACCCAAUGAAUCAUUCAAUUAUUGUGCUUUUCAGCCAAUACGCAUCAUGAUAACUCAUGUGGACACCACAUUAAGUGCGUGAACAUUUAAUUCAAAAUCGACCUCAAAAGUAUCAUACGUUUGGGUAUGCUACAGUCAGAUGGAUUCGCCGGAGCAAAAGAUAACGAAAACUGUGUCCAGAGUGGACGCGAGUAAAGAAAGCAUGGCGAACAGCCGUCAGGUCAUCGGAAUAAACUUCUGUGGGCCCACGCCUCUGAUGUGGCGUGCGGACGAUUUGAAAUCGGUCCGUGAACUGGGAAUCAUAGGGACCCUGGUGGGGUCUCUGGCCCGACAACCUAGGCAGAACACCCGGCUGGGGAGACCCCUCGAGCUGCUGCCGGAGGAGGGGCGACUGCUGGCGGACAUGGGGAGAGCUGCAGUUAUUCCUGACUCGACAAAUGAGGAUCCCGAGGUGAAUCCAGAGCAAGUGGAGCACUAUCAUGCAGGACUGGAGAACAGCUUUCAGGAACAGGGUGCCUUGGCCUUGGAGGACAGGAAGGCAACAUUAAUGAGAGUUAUGACUGAGAAACAUAACGAGAAUCCUGGAAGCCAGGAGGAUUCGGACGGUGCGGUGAGAGACCGUCUCGAAGCUCUGGCCCGCGGCUUCUCAUUCCCUCGCACGGCCAUGGCGGUACAACUGUGCACAGCCCGAGCAGGGCUCUCUCACUGUCCCGUGGUGCGCCGUUUCCUGGCCGCAGACUGGCCCAUACCACGGGAUGAGAGGUCCGAGACCCGGUUCCGAGUGUUCAGGGACCUGAGACGCCAGGGCUUUUACCUCACCUCGGCCGGGAAGUUUGGGGGAGACUUCCUGGUGUACCCAGGUGACCCCCUCCGUUUCCACGCCUAUUUCAUUGUCGUGUGCAUCUCCAUGGACGAAUCGAUGCCCCUGUGUGACGUUCUGGCCAUUGCCAGGCUAGGGUCCAAUGUGAAGAAGACUGUCCUCCUGUGUUCGUCAGGGGGAAGCCAGGAAGAUGACGGGGAGGAGGUGGUGUACACAUCACUUCAGUGGAGUGGAAUGGUGUAGGAUCACAGUUGGAGACUAUGUGGAAGCACAAUGGUAACAUCUCUCAUCUAGCCAGAGGCUACACAUCACUACAGUGUAGUGGAAUGUUGUAGGCAGCACCACAGUGGGACACUAUAUAUGGUGAUAUAUUUCACUUAGCCGGAAGUUGUCAUAAUGCUUAUAUCUUUCAAAUUCAUUCAACACAACAGGAGUGCCAAGGGUGUGGAGUUUAGGGUUCAUUUGUAAUUUCAGCCACUGAACAGGAGGUGGAACGGUUACAGACAGCAGGGGUGUAUUCACUAGGAAGCAAACGGGGUGGAAUUUAUCUGAAUUUGUCCAAUAAGAAACUUGUUUUCGUUGCAAAACAUUUAGCUAGUGUCUACUAAUGAAUACACCCCUGGUGCGUUGCUCUCCAGUCCAAUGGGGAGGCUACUAUUAUUGUACCACAAUUAGCAGCAGUACAGUAGGAGUUUGUGAAUAAGAGUGUAUGAUUUUGGUAAGGUAGCUUGGUUUUUAUCAAAGAUGAAAUGUCGAUAAUACAGCCAACGGUCAUGGCUUGGCUUGAGUGGGGUGGGCGUUUCCUUGGAAAAAUAUUUACUUUGAAGUGUGUGUGUGUAUUGUGACAAUUGUUGAAAAUAUAAUUGAAGACACUUCACUUUUGUGUGAACGUUGUUUGAGUGCCGAUAUGUGUUCAGAAAGACCUGACAUCAGAGAGUUACCACCACAGAAGAAAAGGAAAGCACUUGCAUUAGGAAAUGCAAUUGAAAACAUUUUGCGGUGGAAAACAAAAAUGAUUUUUUUUUUCAUGAACACUCCAGGGUAGUCCCUCCCAGUUUCAGUUCGGUUUACUUUUUGGUGCUUAAUGAACAUGACCUUGGACUGCCCCACAUAAAACUGUCGGCUUCUUGGAGAAUGGUGAACGGUGUGACAAGGCAUGUAUAUUUACUUUACAUAACAGCAAAUAGAUAUGACCAAACAUCCACAUUAGAACAAUAGGACAUAAUGUGAUCAGAGAAUGGGGACCGGUUGUCCCAAUUCAACCAGAAAUGCUCUCUAUGUUUUGCUGUUGGCUUGUAUUAAAAAUUGAUUAAAUAGAUUUUACUCACCCAUCUAUAAACAAUAUCCCAUAAUGUCAAAGUGAAAA